AAAUCCUAUUUCCUAUUUCUUUCGUAUGCGUUGCCUUUGAUUAACAAUUUGAACAAAGAAUUUCAGUCAGAAAAAAGUCGUCUUCCAUAUCUCUAUUCGAGUAUGAAAUCAUAUUUCUUGUUCAUUUUGAAUAAUUUUAUUGCAAAGAACAAAGUACUUCACGUCAAUAUUAACUAUAAAAGCACUUGUAAUCAUAUUGAACUACCAAAAAUAUUUAUUGGUACAAAAGCAGAAGUUCUAUUAAAAAAAAGGCAACAGCUGAUGAAAAAAUUAAGUAAUCACAAUUUGAAUUGUAAUUUGGAUAUAGACUUAUUUUGGGAGAAAGUCUCUUCCAUGAAAGAUGGACCAGAUCUAAGUGGCUUUGUAUUUAAUUUAUUGUCAUUGCCUCACAGUUCUGCAGUGGCAGAGAGAAAAUUCUCUUCUCUUAAAUUAAUUAAAACCAGCAUUAGAAAUAAGUUGGAAGUAAGUAUUUUACAUGCGAUAAUGAUCUGUAAAGAACUAACGAAUAGAAAUAUUGUUUGGUCAGCAAAAAAAAAAGAGUUUCCAUGAAAGAUGGAGUGGGCGACGUAAAAUUUCCAGAUCUCAGUGGCUUUGUAUUUAAUUUAUUGUGAUUCUCUUCUCUUAAAUUAAUUAAAACCAGCAUUAGAAAUAAGUUGGAAGUAAGUACUUUACAUGCGAUAAUGACCUGUAAAUAACUAACGAAUAGAAAUAUUUUUUGGUCAGCAAAAAAAGAUUUUCAUUAUUUUUACAACUUUGUCAAUUAAACACAAGAAUUGUUUUUUUUUAUUAUUUUUAUAAUAACAAUG